GAACUGCAAAGAUCUCAUGCUAUGGAGAUGAAGAUUACAAUAAAUCCAAGCAAAUAAUCCAGCUGCUUCAUUGUGCCAACUAAAAGUUCCUUUGUGUCAAAAUGAACAGUCUUUGAGAAAAAUCUGGAAAGCGGAUAAAUCUGAAAAAUGGGAGAAAGAGUAAGGACCCCAGAUUCUGAACAUGACAGGAAAUCAGAUGAGGAUCAAAAUAGUGACUCUUAUUAUUCGGAUGAAGAUAAUUCAUCUCAUUCAUCUGGCCAGUCGCCAACACUAAGCUAUCCAUCUACAAGCCAAGAAAAAAGAAAACCACAGACUUUAAACAGCCUUGUACAAUACCAAGCCACAAAGAAAUUGGGCUCCAAAUAUGCACCAAGUAAAAGAGGGCUGCAGUGGGGUGCCCGUUCUCAGAGCCUCACUAGGGAUUCGCCUGCAAAAGAUAUAGAUCUGGUUACAAAAAGAGUUCUUUCUGCUAGGCUGCUGAAAAUCAAUGAGCUCCAAAACGAACUGACUGAACUCCACAUCAAACUAGAUGAGCUGCAGAAGGAAAACAGGGCACUGAAGAGGCUUCAGCACAGGCAGGAGAAAGCCUUGAAUAAGUUUGAAGAUACAGAAAACGAAAUCUCUCAGCUCCUGGCUCGGCACAGCAAUGAAAUUAGAAUAUUAAGGGAGCGUCUACGAAAAUCUCAGGAGAAGGAACGAGCAACAGAGAGACGGCUGAAAGAUUCAGAAGAUGAACUGUACAGAACAAAAACUGUCUUGCAGAAGCUGAAAAAGCUGUCUGCAGAUAAGCACCUUGCUGAAAGAGAUGACCUGGCAAAGAAGCUGGCCUAUGCAGAGAGCAGGCUAGAGGAUAGUGAAAAAAGAAUUAAGGAUCUGGAAAAAAAUCUUGAAUUAAGUGGUAGCAGUUUUCAACGAGAGUUACAUUCAAAGAAGAAAAAGAUGCACGAGACUCAAGAAGAAAACAGAGCUCUCCAAGAAGAGCUUCAUCAACUAAGUCAGAAGCUGAAGGAAAAAGAAAGAGAGCUUGAAGCAAAAAAUAUAUAUGCUAAUCGUAUGUUGAAGCUGUCACCAAGAAAGGAUGUAGAUCUUGUACAAAGAAAAAGAGCCAACAACCAAAAUAUUAAAAAAGGAGUGCAGCUGACAAAAGGUGUACAGACCACUGGGUCCUUCUCACCAAUAGAAUUUCUUCCAGAAUCAGAACUUGCCUGUAGUGACACAGCAAACAAGAAAGAAGGGAUUCUCUCUAAAAUAGAAGAAGGAGCUCAAGACAAAGAGUGGAAAGAGGAAGGAGACCUCCUAAGACAAGACCAAGGCAGGGAAAGGGAAGAGAAACUGAAACGUUUUCAUGAAAUGCAGGCUGUAGAGGAGAGAGUUCAAAAACUACAUGAUGAGUGGGAAAGAGAAGACAAAAUGAAAAAAGAAAGCAGCUUUUUUUUGGAUAAAGAAGAGAAGACAAAGAUGGAGACAGAAAUCCACAAACCUGAAGUAGAGAGACAAAACACUGAAACACUGGAAGAGCGGCACCAAAGAGCGUUCCUGCUUGCCAAAAUGCAAGAAGUUGAUAGAGAAACUCAAAAUGUAACAAACAUGAAACCUGCUUCCCAAUCACCACUCAUAAAUACAACCAGAAAAUCUGAUUUCCUGGAGAAAAAAGAAAAAGCUAAUCAAUUCUUUGACAUUCCCAGCAAAGUUACUAAUGGAUUUCCCACGGAUGAUUUCCAGGACGAUGCCACAAGAGCACAAGGGCAGAAACAACGUAACCUAAGGACCGUAGAUUUAAGCAGUGGGCUAACAUUUGGCAGUUAUGUACCUUCCUUUGGGAAAGGAUUAGGGAGACCAAGUUGGCUUUCUCAAAAAAGUGUCAACUUAGAAGAAAAUGUUCAGGAAAAUGCAGACUUCAAUAGUAAAAAAGAAAGGAAGUCCAGUUUAAUGACACAACUCUUUGGAAGCAGUGCCAGUACCGUCCUUCUCUCUAAAACUAAAGAUACAACACCUUUUGACAUAGAUUGGGACGCUAGUAAUGCUCCUCUUGUUGAUAAAAACAAUAAAGUCAAAGGAAAAGAAGACUAUGAGCUCUUCAGUGAAGGAAGAAACCUAACCAGACACAGUUUGCAACACUUUGCAAGUAAGGCAGGAGUUCAGACCCUUGGUUCUUUAGAAGAUGAAAUUGAAGAAGUAAUCUUACAAUGA